AUGAGUUUGCUUAUUAUAUUAAUUAUAAGAAAUAUUCAUCAUGCCCGUAAACGUAUUGUAAAUAGAAUAGUUAUACAUCAAUAUGCAUGUACAAAAAAGUGUGAUUUACAAUUAAAUAAAAUAUUAUUAUUACAAGCUAUUACAAUUGAACGUCAUUUAUCCUUUUUAAAUCGUUCCAUAUCAUUUUAUGUGUAUACAUUAGUUGGAUCACAAUUUCGUCUUGAAAUUCGACAAUUUAUUAAUAAAUUAUCAACGUGUACAUGUCAUAGACGUCGAUUGAAAAAAAGACGUAUUGGAAUAGAUGGUAGAUUAACCACUGCUGAUGUUGAUCCUCAACGACCAACAGUGCCUUACAAAUGA